CCGCGCCGCUCCAUGUCGGACUACAGCACCGGGGGCCCCCCGCCCGGCCCGCCGCCUCCUGCCGGCGGAGGAGGAGGAGCCGCGGGUGCGGGAGGAGGCCCUCCGCCUGGCCCGCCGGGCGCGGGAGACCGGGGCGGCGGAGGCCCCGGCGGCGGAGGCCCGGGUGGAGGAGGCGCGUCCGGGGGCCCUUCGCAGCCUCCCGGUGGUGGCGGCCCGGGGAUCCGCAAGGACGCCUUCGCCGACGCCGUGCAGCGGGCCCGCCAGAUUGCAGCCAAAAUUGGAGGUGAUGCUGCUACCACCGUGAAUAACAACACUCCCGAUUUCGGUUUUGGGGGCCAAAAGAGACAGCUGGAAGAUGGAGACCAGCCAGACAGCAAGAAACUGGCUUCCCAGGGAGACUCUAUUGGUUCUCAACUGGGACCCAUCCAUCCUCCCCCCAGGACCUCUAUGACAGAAGAGUAUAGGGUCCCGGACGGCAUGGUGGGCUUGAUCAUUGGCAGAGGUGGUGAGCAGAUUAACAAAAUCCAGCAGGACUCGGGCUGCAAAGUUCAGAUCUCACCAGAUAGUGGUGGCCUCCCUGAGCGCAGCGUGUCCCUGACUGGAGCCCCUGAGUCUGUCCAAAAAGCGAAGAUGAUGCUGGAUGACAUCGUGUCACGGGGCCGUGGGGGACCCCCAGGACAGUUCCAUGAUAACGCUAAUGGGGGUCAGAAUGGCACGGUGCAGGAAAUCAUGAUCCCUGCUGGCAAGGCUGGCCUGGUCAUUGGCAAGGGCGGGGAGACCAUCAAGCAGCUGCAGGAGCGUGCUGGGGUAAAGAUGAUUUUAAUUCAAGAUGGCUCCCAGAAUACAAAUGUGGACAAGCCACUGCGGAUCAUCGGGGACCCAUACAAAGUGCAGCAAGCCUGUGAGAUGGUGAUGGACAUCCUGCGAGAACGUGACCAGGGUGGCUUUGGGGACCGCAAUGAGUACGGAUCUCGAGUUGGUGGAGGCAUCGAUGUACCUGUACCCCGGCAUUCAGUUGGUGUGGUCAUUGGCCGGAGUGGAGAGAUGAUCAAGAAGAUCCAGAAUGACGCUGGUGUGCGCAUCCAGUUCAAGCAAGAUGAUGGGACAGGCCCUGAGAAGAUUGCUCACAUCAUGGGGCCUCCAGAUCGGUGUGAGCAUGCAGCCCGGAUCAUCAAUGACCUCCUUCAGAGCCUUCGGAGUGGGCCCCCAGGUCCUCCAGGGGCCCCUGGCAUGCCCCCUGGGGGCCGGGGUCGGGGCCGGGGCCAAGGCAACUGGGGCCCUCCUGGAGGAGAGAUGACCUUCUCCAUUCCUACCCACAAGUGUGGCUUGGUCAUUGGCCGAGGUGGUGAGAAUGUGAAGGCCAUUAACCAGCAGACGGGCGCCUUUGUAGAGAUAUCUCGGCAGCUGCCACCCAAUGGGGACCCCAACUUCAAGUUGUUCGUCAUCCGGGGUUCACCCCAGCAGAUUGACCAUGCAAAGCAGCUCAUUGAGGAGAAGAUAGAGGGUCCCCUCUGCCCAGUUGGACCAGGCCCUGGAGGACCAGGCCCUGCUGGACCUAUGGGGCCUUUCAACCCUGGACCCUUCAAUCAGGGGCCUCCAGGAGCACCCCCACAUGCCGGUGGUCCCCCUCCUCAUCAGUACCCGCCUCAGGGCUGGGGCAAUACCUACCCCCAGUGGCAACCACCUGCUCCCCAUGACCCAAACAAAGCUGCAGCAGCAGCUGCAGACCCCAAUGCUGCCUGGGCCGCCUACUACUCCCACUACUACCAGCAACCCCCGGGCCCUGUGCCAGGCCCUGCCCCAGCCCCUGCAGCCCCACCUGCGCAGGGGGAGCCCCCCCAGCCUCCGCCCACUGGCCAGUCGGAUUAUACCAAGGCCUGGGAAGAGUAUUACAAGAAAAUUGGCCAGCAGCCCCAGCAACCUGGUGCGCCCCCACAGCAGGACUACACCAAGGCCUGGGAAGAAUACUACAAGAAGCAAGCGCAAGUGGCCACUGGUGGGGGACCUGGAGCACCCCCUGGUUCCCAGCCCGACUACAGCGCCGCCUGGGCUGAGUAUUACAGACAGCAGGCCGCUUACUACGGACAGACCCCAGGCCCUGGUGGCCCACAGCCACCUCCCACCCAGCAGGGACAGCAGCAGGCAAGUGGGAACUGCCACCCUCCUCCUCCUCCUUUCUCCUUCCAACCCCCGGCCACCGUCCAUCCUGCCUUAGUGGGUAGCGCCGGAAACCCUUUCCCCUGCGGGGUGUGCCCUUGAUGCCAGCCUCGGGCGCCUGGCCAGAGUCUCCCGGAGCCCCGCAGCCCCACCGCUGGGAAGCGCCCGCCUGCUGGGUGCAGAGGCUCACGGAAGAGGCUCCUCCAGCAGCCGCAGCCGCUGUUGGUGCAACGUUGUCGGGUGCUGGGGGCACCGACCGAAAAGGUGGAACUCUGAACUGCUGGGGUGUCCCGGGUGGGGGCAGGAAGUGGGGACUGUACUGGGCGCCAUGCUGGUUGCCGAACCCACUCGCUCAAAAUCUGGCCACUUGGGAAGAAAAUGUCUAUUUUUUUCCCCUUCUCAGCAUCACUAUUUUGGGUUUUGUUCUUUUUUAUUCUUU